UCUAGACUUCACAAUGGCUACUUUCCGUUUAGCACUGGUGCAGUUAGCUGUCUCGGCAACUAAAGCUGACAAUCUUGUUAAAGUUGCAAAAUUGGUGAAAGAGGCCGCAUCUAAAGGAGCCCAGGUUAUUGCCCUUCCAGAAUGUUUCAAUUCUCCGUAUGGCACGUCGUAUUUCCCAGAGUAUGCCGAAAAAAUUCCAGGAGAUUCAACCGAAGUUUUAUCAAAAGCUGCCAAAGAUAAUCAAGUUUUCUUGAUAGGCGGAUCCAUACCCGAGAAAGAUGGCGACAAAUUAUUCAACACUUGUACUGUGUACAACCCAGAGGGUGCCAUGAUAGCCAAAUAUCGGAAGAUGCAUUUGUUUGAUAUUGACAUCCCCGGUAAAAUUAGAUUCCAGGAAUCUGAAACGCUGAGUCCUGGUAACACCUUCACGACAUUUGACACACCAUACUGCAAGAUUGGUGUGGGCAUAUGUUAUGAUAUGCGAUUUGCUGAAAUGGCACAUAUCUAUAACAAAAAGGGGUGCAAGCUGAUUGUGUAUCCAGGAGCCUUCAAUAUGACGACAGGCCCUGCCCACUGGGAGCUGCUGCAGAGAGGACGUGCCCUUGAUAAUCAGCUCUACGUAGCCACAGUGUCACCAGCCAGGGAUGAGACGGCUUCUUAUCAUGCUUGGGGACACAGUACCCUGGUGAAUCCCUGGGGGUCUGUCAUCACCACCAUGGAACACGAGGAGGGAGUCAUCUAUAGCGAUGUUGACCCUAAUUAUGUAGACGAGGUCCGUUCCCAAAUUCCGAUCAGUUUUCAAAAGCGAAAUGACAUUUACAAGGUUGAAGAAGUGGAGGAAAAUGGAAAAAAAGCAUAAUUGUUUUUUGUUUUUUUGUAAAAUUGGAACAUUAUCCAGAUAAUUUGAGUUUCAAAAGAUAUUAACAAACUUCCCAGACUGAAAAAAAAGACCAAUCUUAAAAAAAAUGGCUAACAGAAUUGCAUCAUGAUUAUUGAAUGUAGAUUUUGAUUAACUUUUUUGUGUAUGAUGGGUUUUGCACAUUGACUGGCUGAUGCUUUUACCUGUAUACUCUCCUAUUUUUUAAUUAUCUGUGCCAUAUCUACCUGUCCAGGUGUCAAUUUUGUGAAGACAAACAUGAUGAUAUUAUUAAAAAUUAUGAUAAUAUAAUUUUAACUAAAUUAUAAGAUGAAACAGGAUUGGCCCAAACUGGCUUAAAUUGUUGAUGGACUGUAAAAUAAUAUGAUACAAAUAUUUAACAGGGGAUCCUACAGAGAUAUCAAGAUAUAAUUUAUCUGAUUAGUACCGAUACUACAGAAAUUGGCAAUUUGUAUCUCAGUGCUAUUUUUAAUUCAAUUUGUGUUUAUUGAUAUAAUAUACAUAAUAUAAACAUAUAUAAUCUAAUUAUAUCAAAGUUUCUCUUUAUAAACAAUCAAGUAAUGUACAUAUUUAAAUGUGUCGCAGCAUUUCAAAACGGACUGGUCCCUUUGUCAAGCUAUGACUGAGUGAGCGAUCUGUAUUGCUCCUGUUAGGUCAGCGGGGGCUAGAUUUACACCCUACCAGUAACCUAUUCUAAACAAUGUGUAUACACUCUCUAACUAUUGGCGAAACAUCCCGGGUCGAGUGACAUAUGAAAUGUACAAUUUCGUCGCAUCAUUGUACAGGUAAACAAUACAAAUCGCUCACUCAGUCGUAGCUUGACAAAGGGCCAAGUCGGUCUUGAAACGUG